AUGUAUCAGCCUCCAAUCAAUUCUUUCUUCAACACAAGAAAGAGGUGUGCAAGUGAAUAUUUAAGUGCUCCCACGAGCAAGAAACUCUUGCUUGCUCCUGAUGGUGACGCUCUCAAAUCAACUGAAGUCAAAACUGACGAAAAAGUGCAAAAGUGUUCUAAGACGGUGCAAAAUGUCGAAAAUGGAGAGAAAUCCACAACUAACCUCACAGCUAGACGUCAAGUUGCUGUGGCUUCACGGAAGAGGAGGCUCCUCCCGGCACAGAAGAUAUCUGUUGCCGGACAGGGGACCUCGGUGACUACGGGAGUCUUUACCUGCAACAACAGCCAGGAGAAUGUGGAAGAGAAAGAGCAUUCAGUGGAACUUUCAAUCAAGGAGAUUCAGAAGAAAGUGAAGAACAGCAAGAAACUUCCGGAUCUCAAGGAGCAACUGAAGAAGCUGCAGGAGAUGGAGAAGAAGCGUCAGGAGUUGCUGAAGCAGAGAAAGGGCCCAGCGAAGGCCGAGGUGGAAAAAGAAGGAGGUCAAGCGCUUAAGAAAUUCGACAAACUCGAAAUGGAAGUGUUUACGAGUCCUACCAAAGUCUUCAAAUCGCCCAUGAAGAUGAACACACCCACGCCGAAGAAGUCUGGAAGUAAGAUAGAUACUGGGCUCAUGAGUCCUCGGAAGGAUGUGGCCAAGAGUGCCCGAAAAUUGCUUUUCAGUCCCGUGAAGGGUGAACCAUCGGCUACUGAGGGUUCAAGCACGGUGCCGGCUUAUGAGAAGUAUGCUUCUUUGGUGGAAAGUGGUCGUCCGGGUGUUCAAUUGCCCUUCAAGUAUCGUCAGCUCGUGGAGAUUUUCAAGAGCUGCGAUGCUGUCUGUGCGAUGUUUCACAAUCGCAAGGAGACCAUUACAUUUAAGAAACUGAAACCGGCCGUUCAGCAGCUCUGCAGAAAGACCUUUACGCCUGGCCAUUUAGGGCAGAUAAAGACAAUUUUUCCGGAAGCUUACAAUUUUCAUCAGUCCAAGACACGAAAUUAUGGAUCAACGUCAAAGCAGGAUUACUAUCAGCUCGUUAUUGAGCCCGGUCAGGAGACUCUGAGUCCACAGAUUCUCCUCGAGAGACACAAAAUCUUCACCAGUUCCAUCGAGAUGAUGGUGAGAAAGGAACACGAUGCCUUUCUCAAAUCUCUGUCUCCACCAAUGUUGAUUCCCAUUGAAAAGAUUACCCGAUGGCAUCCGGAAUUCGAUCUGGAAACCUGUUCAGCGAUUCCUGAAGCGGAUCUUCCACGAGCUCCAAAUGAGGAAAAGUUUUCCUCGGCCAAGGAUGUCCUGUCUGCAGCUAAGAAUCUGUUCAACUGCUCAACUCCUUUGGAACGGACAAUGGAGCUCCUGGAGACACGUCAAAUUAACCCGGAACCCUCAAAGGCAGAAACUGUGGCGGCAAAUCUGCUCAAGCGUGUCCCAGCGAAGCUUCUAGAGAAGAUCCGGGCUAAACAGGCCGCCAAGACGCUGGAUGCCAUGACAAGGCGUCCGAGUCAGGAUCAGGAAACAUUAACGUACAGUCGACUCCCAGAACUAGCCAAACACAUUCGCAAUAUUUUCCUGACGGAGAAAAAGACUUGUCUGCCACUUGAACUUGUCCUGGGAAAGAUCAGCAAUAGCUAUCGUAUAAAUCUUUCCACUUGUGCCAUAGAGAAUCUCAUAGAGACUCUCCGGAAAGAGGCCAAAGAAUGGGUGUCCGUGGAGGAGAUCCGAAAGGUGAAGUACCUCAAAUUAUCCCGGGGAAUUGACUUUUGGGAAAUUUCCCGGAAACUGGAACGUCUGGCAGCUGAGAAGAGUGUCUGAGUGCCCUCAAAAAUCAAUGUCCUGUGGCGGAGACGCUGCUGAAUUUUCCAAUUAUCACACGUCAUAAUUCACUUAAUGUUCCCCUCGAAGCAGAGAGUGGAACGGUUUUUUUUUGCUUGCGUUUCUGAGUGUGAAAUAAAUGGCAAUUCUGCUGAAGAGAUCAUCACAGUGUCACCAAGUCUGUCACGGGAAGAUCAUGCAGAGGGUAUUGAUGCUAGUGUUGUGCAUAUCAAAGUGCUCCUGCAGCAAUAUGCAGGAUUUUGCAGUGAGUGUGGAUGAUAUUCUCAGUGAUAGCCUCAUGCCAACUGCCCUUCUUCUUGACCAGAGUCCACACCAUGCACAGGUAGUUACACCAACUGGGUGAGGUUGAUCCUUAAUCCUUCUGAAAAUUGUACAGCAGCAAUUUCUCGUCAGCGGAAUUGACAUUGAAAGAUACUUUUUUUUCAGGUUUUGUUUUCUAGUUAAAAUUUUCUUUGAGAAAUUCUAGUUUUUUUUUCUUUCAGUUCAAUAAAAUAGUUCCACAAAUUGUGAAUAACAUUAAGUUUUCGUUCAAUAAAAUUUCAUUAUUUUGCAAUAAAAAAA